AUGAUUCGGUUCCUUUCACUAAAAACUGUUGGCACACCGAAUGACAAUGCGCUUAAGUUUGUUUCCACAGAUUUCAAGUUUCUUCCAGGGUCUUUAAACACUGCUGUCGAGGUCAACGAUCUUCCUGAGGCGUCGGAAAGAUCUCCUUUAGCAUCAGAGCUCUUCAAAGUUAACGGCGUGAAAUCUCUACUUAUUGGGCACAAUUUUAUCACUGUAAGUAAGGUUGAUCCCGAGCUUUCUAAUAAUCCUGACUUGCAUUGGGAUAAGUUGUCUACAAAGGUGAUGAAUGUGAUAACUAAUGCUGUUGAUUCCAAUAUUCCGGUUCUCAACCCCGAAUACCUGAACGAAAUAGUGAGAUUGCAGGAUGAAGCUCAAGAAGACGAUGACGAUGUAACCUAUGAGAUCAAAGAACUUAUAAAUACGAGAAUCCGCCCAGCACUUCAGGAUGAUGGAGGUGAUAUUCAUUUCAGAUCGUUCGAUCCAGAAACUGGAACGGUCUAUCUUAAACUACAAGGUGCAUGCAAAUCCUGUUCUCUCAGUGAGGACACCUUGAAGAACGGCAUUGAAAGUAUGCUCAAACAUUAUAUCCCCGAAGUGGAAGAGGUGAAAGCAGUUUUGGAUCCUGAAGAAGAGAUUGCUUUACAGGAGUUCGAGAAGCUGGAGAGAAAAUUGAAACAACAGCAAACUUUAUGA